AUGAGAUUCGAUGAACCCCCCGUCAAAAAUGUUUUGGAAACGAAAACGGAUGUGACGUCAGGGGAAAGAAAAGAAAUAAAAUUGAAAAAAAAUUCAGUUCGAAGAAAUUGUUACAAACAGUACACUAUGGCGAGCAUGUGGGGAGCAUUGGAAAAAAUACAAGAGGGUUUAAGCGUUUACAGAGCAUCUUUGGAAUAUGGCGUACCAAGGAAAACACUUAGAAAUUGGAUGAAAAAAUACAACAUAAUGAAUUUAUGUUCGCUAGCAUUAAAUCACGUCGAAUGCGUUAUGGACCAAGAAAAAGUCAAAACGGGAAAUACGGACAUGAUGAAUAAAAACGCAUUGAAAACGCAGCAAAGACUUCAGGAACACAAUUACACGAAUCCGCCGAUGGAUGAAACGAUAUACAAUAAUAAAAUUGAAAUGACAAAUGGCGGAACAAUAUUAAACACGGGUGACAAUCAGAAAAAUAAAAAUUCUAAUUUAAAAUUAGGAGGAAAUCACUUACAGCAAAAAAACGAUUCGAAACAAAUGAUUCAGGCGACUUCAACGAUUUCUCACGAUCAGAGAUCACCAAUCGAUUCUAAAAGCAAGGCCAUUAAAAAAGAUGUUUUUAAUAGAAUAAGAAGGUCGGAAGAAGAGUUACAAAAAGCUGCGGAAAUGGUACGAGGAGGUAUGACUUUUCAAACGGCAUCCGAUACUUUUAACAUUCCCAUUUCUACAAUUAGAUUUUACAUGGCUAGAAGAGGUAUAUUACCGCAAAGGAGACGAGGAAGAGGUUCGAGCGGUGUAAGAGAUGACGAUUUAAUUCAUCCCCCAUUUGAAAUAAUACACUAUCGACUCCCUGAUAUUGACAAACCAAUUUAA